UUACGUGACAGUUUCACGAAUCCCCGUGAGACCGGGUUGGACAGACUGGCGACCUGUCCAGGGUGUCCCCUGCCUUCGCCCGAGUCAGCUGGGAUAGGCUACAGCAUCCCCCGCGACCCUAGUGAGGAUAAAGUGGUGUAUAGAGAAUGGAUGGAUGGAUGGAUGGAUGGAUGUCUUUCUAAUUACAGUCCAGCUGGGAUAAAGUUGUCUUUUUAUACAUGUAAUAUGCUAAAUAAGGCCUCAUAUAUUAUUAUUUCUAUUCUAAUUUCUAUUUCAUUUUUACAGUACUAAAAAUAUCUAAUUGCUGUUGUAGUGUUGAAAUUUUCUCUCUUUAAAUUAAAGAAGAAAAAUAUCUAUUAAAACUUGAGGGAAAGUACUUGUACAAAUUAAAAGUGAAAGUACAUGCAUCAUGUUACUAAAAUGAUCAUAAUAAACAUGUUGGAAACAUAUCUGUGAGUAAGUUCUCACUGGUUUCUGCAGUGUUAUGCACAACCUGAACUCAACACACACAGCAGCAAUCGCUUCUUCUUCUUCUUCUCCUUCUUCUUGACGGUUUUUCAUUUUUUUGUUUGUGUUUGUUUUUGCAAUUCGUAUUUACAAGACCCACUUUAUACAACAACCUGUUCCGGUGAAGGAGCUCUUUUGUAUUAUUGAAAAAAGCAUUAUGAAUCCCAGCAGAAACACGUCUUCGCCAUAAGGCUUAUCCCGUCGUUAUUGAACAAGAAGCCUGAUCAAUAUGGCUGAGUAUAGUGUCGAGGACAAUAAGUGUAUUAUCUGACAGAUCACGCAAUCUGUCCCUCAGUGCGUCGCUCGCGUGUCUUACCCGUAUUGAUUUUGCACUCUUUCAAAAGUAGUUACACUGAAAAGUGUAACUACUUUUACAGAAAUUGCUGUAUUUAGUGUACAACUAAUACAGAACUAGAUUAUUGUUGUUUUUUCAUCUUUUACUUUGAUCAGUUUCAAGAACAAAAACAAAGCUUCUUUGUGUAACUUUUUAUGAUUUGUGAUUUUCAGCUUACGCGUAUGUAUGUUUUCACAGUGUAGAGAUGUACAUUACAAGUGAAAAGUUUGGACACCCAGUCUCAUUCAAUGAUUUUUGGUUUUAAUUAUUUAAUACAUGUAGACUUCAAAGCUAUGAAAGAAUACUUAUGGAAUCAUGUUGUAAACAAAAAAGUGUUCAUCUUCAGUAUUAAUCUACAAUGUAGAAAAUAAUACAAAUAAAUAGAAAGCAUUGAAUGAGAAGGUGUGUCCAAACUUUUCACUGGUAGUGUCUGUACACUAUUACAUGUUCGCAUGCAAAACAUAUGAUAGAAAUAAUAUAGAUUAUUCUCUAUUUUAAUUUCACAUUAAUAAUUUUUUGUAGUUUUUAUUUAGCGUUCUGUGUUUGUUUUAUUCUUGAGCUCUGUCUUUAAUUAGCUGUAGAAUAGCAGUUAAAUACACACUUGUCUAGUCAGUGAAAUGACAAGGUUAUUUACUCUGAUGACACCAAAGAGAGAGUUUGCAGAUUCUGUUCAAAACACCCACAGGAUAAGUAAGGAAGGUUCGAGGUUGUUUGAGGGAAGGUCUCCAAGCCAAGAGUUGCUAAUUCUUAUAUAAUCUGAAGACCCUCAUCACACACGUUCACCCAUCACAGUUUCCUCAGAACCCGUCCUCUUUCUUUAGAACGUUUUUUUUCCCUCUGGAUGCAGUAGUACUUAGAUCACACCUCUCAAGCUCUCGAGAUCUUAAUCUCUGACAUUGUCACUGUCUGUGGCACAUCAAGGAUUUGUGGAGUAUAAGAUUAGAGCCCUACUUCGUCAUAAAUCUCUGAUUCCCAAUUUGGCCAGGUGGUGGCGGGUGGGGCAGUUGUUAGGUGUAGUCUGUGGUGUGUGGAUUUACUGGAUAGAACAUUUGUGCAUUCGUGUACGGUGAACUUCAGUGAACUUUUUAAGGACCAGGACUAAUUAUCUCACGUGGCUUAAUUCUCGGUAUUUAGAACUUGCGAAAAUAUCUCUUUUUUUGAGGACCAAUAAUUCUCAGAAUCAACCCAGGAUUUUUUAUGGUGCCCUGCUGUGGCCGUCCAUGAUGAACUACUGCAUAGCAGACAUGUAUGAGAUGCCUCAUGCAAGCAUUGGCGGCUACCCGGUGCAGGGCGGUGGGGAACACUGCAUGUACCCAGGUGAGGGACCCGGCUACGGACACUGUGAACCCCAACCACUGCACCAUCCACCCUGCAUGGAGCAGGCUUGGCCCCCCAGCCAACAUUACUCGUGCUCGUAUACAGCUGGUCCUCCUGUGUUUAAGAGUGAGUUUUGCAGCAUGGAGAUCCCUCUCAGUCAUUUCCACCAUCAGCCUCAGUAUUACCCUGAGAUCAAACCUGACUUUUCACACCUGCAGUGGAUGCAGGGAGCUCACAAGAAAGGGUACAUACCAAGUUACCUUGACAAGGAUGAGCUAUGUGUAGUGUGCGGGGACAAAGCCACAGGCUAUCACUAUCGCUGCAUUACCUGCGAAGGUUGCAAGGGAUUUUUUAGGCGGACAAUCCAGAAGAAUCUCAACCCCACCUACGCUUGUAAGUACGAGGGGAAAUGCGUCAUCGACAAAGUGACCAGAAACCAGUGCCAGGAAUGUCGCUUCAAGAAGUGCAUUGCAGUGGGAAUGGCAACCGACUUGGUGCUCGACGACAGUAAGAGACUGGCCAAGCGGAAGCUAAUCGAGGAGAAUCGCGAGCGCCGUCGGAGGGAGGAACUGCAGAAGACGGUGUGGGACCGACUGGAGCCCACCCAGGAGGAGUGGGACCUCAUCCGUAUGGUGACUGAUGCCCAUAUGGCCACAAACGCCCAGGGCAACCACUGGAAGCAGAAGCGGAAAUUCCUGGUCGAGGAAGCAAUGCUUCUUAAUGAAAUAACAUGUAAUUUAUUCUAUACUUCUGACCAGAGUGCAGCGGGGGUGAAGGAAGCUAAGCCUGAGGAAAUUGGUCAAGCAUCCGUGGUCAGUGCACCUGAAGGAAACAAAGUGGACAUAGAAGCAUUCAGUCAGUUUACAAAAAUUAUCACCCCUGCCAUAACCCGAGUGGUGGACUUUGCCAAAAAACUGCCUAUGUUUUGUGAGCUGCCUUGUGAAGACCAGAUCAUCCUGUUGAAAGGCUGUUGCAUGGAAAUCAUGUCACUGCGAGCAGCUGUUCGCUAUGAUCCCGAGAGUGAGACGCUUACGCUCAAUGGUGAGAUGGCGGUCACUCGAGGACAGCUUAAGAACGGUGGCCUGGGAGUAGUGUCGGACGCCAUUUUCGAUCUUGGUGUGUCACUCUCCUCGUUUAAUUUGGAUGACUCUGAGGUGGCCCUGCUGCAGGCUGUCAUCCUGCUUUCAUCCGAUCGUCCGGGCCUGAGUAGCGUGGAGCGAAUCGAACGCUGCCAAGAGGAGUUCCUGCUGGCCUUUGAACAUUACAUCAACUACCGCAAACACAAAGUGGCGCAUUUCUGGCCCAAGCUGCUAAUGAAGGUGACGGACCUGCGGAUGAUCAGCGCCUGCCAUGCCAGCCGGUUCCUCCACAUGAAAGUGGAGUGUCCCACCGAGCUAUUCCCUCCUCUCUUCCUGGAGGUCUUCGAGGACUGACCAAUGGAUUUGUGUGUACGUGUGUGUGUAUGUGUGUAUGUGUGUGUGUGUGUGUGUGUGUGUGUGUGUGUGUGUGUGUGUGUGUAUGUGUGUGUGUGUGUGUGUGUGUGUGUGUGUAUGUGUGUGUGUCAGCGCCUGGGCACCCUGGUGGUCUCAGGGGUGGAACCAGCAGAAGGCCCAUCACAAUGAACUUUCUAUUAGCACUACUGAGUGUCACUUCAUUCCAUAGUUUAGGAGUAGCUCUCUGGUCUAGUUUUGGAUGAAACCAUUCCUUACAGUGCGGGUACAUGUGAAUAGCCUUUUGGUUUCUGUUUUUUUCUGGUUUGUUUUGUUGUUAUUGUGGAUAUAACCUCUCACCUCGGAUUUUACUCUAGUUUUUUUGUGUUGAUGAUUGUACAGCUGACAUAAUGGUGAUCUUAUCAACACUUGUUCAUUCAGUAGAAACCAUGCAAUUGUUGUAUUUUCCUUCCUUUAUGUUGAAAAACUCAAAAUGGCUGCUCACCUGAUACAUAAAGUAAGACAUUGUCAGUGAUCCGAUAGCCUUUCCCCCCCACCUGCUCGACUUUAUUGGACCCGCUUGUUGGUUAAUAUAUUAACUGUCAUCCAUCCAGUGAGUGUCUGAACUGUUCAGUACUUUACCCAUUAACAGUAACACUCACUCUAGUGGACAGCACCUCACAGAAAGUCUCUGGGUAGCCACACAUUACAAAGUGACGUCAAAAUGCUGCAUUCCAGAGCUGUCGGAAAAAUCUGAAUUUUGCAGGGGGAGAACAGCUGAAGGCAGAGGUCCAAGCAAGAGACAGUAACUUCUCGUGACAUCUAGAUGGCAGCAUACAUUGUUAACACUACACGACAAUACUCUUCAGCUUGUUUUUCGGCCUCCAAAUACAUUUAACUUUCCAUCAAAAUUAAGCAGAAUACUUUUUUCAGUGCGUAUGCAAUGGUAACUGCACUAUUGGAUACCUGGACAACAUUAGUUUCUGCACUACAACUGCAUAUCCAGGACAGUGCCUGAGGAAAAAAUACACCCUUUUUAUCAACAGAACAAAUAGGAGGAUAUUUUGAAAAUCACAAGUCAAAUUUUGACCUGAAUUUUGGAAGAGCUGGAAACAGCUAUGUACCAAAGCAUCUUAAAUGAAACAACUUUUGUCACACUCAGAAAUUUUCAAGAAUAAUCUGUUAAACCACGUUUCUUUACCUCUUUUGUGUAUUGUGUGUUCUCAUACACAGGAACAUCAAACCAAACUCCUUAUUUAAUUACAGCCUCAUGUCCACAGCAUAAUGUUGAAGCGGUCAGAUCCACAUAAGAACAUAGAUAUGAUCCAACCUUUCAAUUAGAGCUGGCUGAAGAAAAUAGCAAAUAAUAAAGUCCUAAGAGGCAGGAUAUAAAGUCUGCUAAAUCAAGGAGAGACAGUGAAAUGAGACAAAGGGCUUAAAUCAUAUUGUUGGAGGCGCUAAUGUUUGCGAGACAAGAUAGACCGUAUGUCUGUGAGCACAUAUGUGACAUGUGUGUCUUGCUCUUCACCAAAGCCUGUUCGCAACAGAGCUGCAAUGAUAAGUUGACCGAUCGAUUUGUUUUCCAAGCACAAUCGCCCAUAAAAAAAAAAGCUGACAUCAGCUUCUCGAAUGUAACGUUUUCAUGAUUUGCUGGUCAGAGAGCACAAGGCAUGUGUUCUCAGUCCUGAGGAACUGAGAAGGUCAUGUUCUGACAUUUUACAGACUUUUAAACAAUAACAAUCAAAGAUAAACAUGAUUGUUGAGUCCCACCCUCUAGGGCUUUUAUAUAACAAAAGCAGAGCUGCAAUUUUAGAUUGAAAAACAAAGUAGUCGAUUGACAGAAUAGCAACCAUUUAGAUAAUCAAAUAAUAUUUAAUAAGUGUUAUUUUUUUUCCCAAGCAAACAUGGCCAAGAUUAUAGGUUCCAGCCUGUCUUUUGUUAGGGUUGUUUUUUUUAUUCAUUUACCAUAUUUGGUAGUAAAUUGGAUAUCAGUCAAAUUUAGAGUAUUAGUCAGGCAAAACUAAGGAAAAAUCCAAUUUUAUUUGUAUAGCGCCACUUCACAACCUAUGUUAUCUCAGGGCACUUUACAUAGUAUAGUGAAGAUCUUACAGUAUUAUAAGAAGCAACCCAACAACUCUCUUUGAACAACCCUUAGUUACAAUGGGCAAAAAACACUCCCUUUUAAAAGUUCAAAACCUCUAGCAGAGCCAGGCUUAGGAAGGCGGUCAUCUGCCUCAACCAGUUUGGGUGAGGGGAAAAAGAAAAGGAUAGUAAGAAACAGGCAAGAAAACAAAAACACUGGGGAGGUUGACCUGCAGGAAGGGACAGAGACAGAGAAGGGAGACAGAAAACAAAGCACAAAUUACAGGAGAGAGAAGACACAGAGUUAAUGACAUCCAAUAGUGACAUGUAGGGUGGGAGAGGAAAGUCAAAGGGAGUUGCUCAGUACAUCAUGGGAAGUUUCCCUGCAGCAUAGCUAAGCCCUAACUCGGGAGUUUGGCGAUAAAUUGAUAAUGAAGAGAAUUCUCUUCUUCUUCCGUGCUAAAACCCUAUUUGAAAUUCUUCCUUGUGUUGAUUGUUGUUUUUGCCUUCAUUUUUACAAGCUGGACCAUGAUAACACACAAAAGUUGUCAUUUCCAACCUGGAGAUUCAGACUUCACCGACAGUGAAGGGACUGCAGCAGUAGCAUCAAAAUGAGCCUGCUCAUCAUUGCCAGAGACUGGUCAGGACUAACUAAAGCACAUAAUGGCACUGAUGUCAUGAAAUGACAAUCAUAUGUACUCGUUUUUGUGUAACAAUGCCACAUGUUGUGCCAAAACCAAGUGAAUGAUGCCCUCUUUAUUAAAUCCCUGCUGGGCUUUUGUAGUGAUAUCAAGACUGGGCUAACUAUCUUAGUUAGUACAUGCCGCUCACACGCAGUCAUCCCUCUGACUCGUGUUUUAGUCCACGUUAGCAGCUUCCACUAUACAAAAAGUCAGAAUUUUAAGUGUUUCAUCUCAGCUGUAUUGCCUCACAGUCCCACAUACAAUAACUCUGUUUGUUUAUUUUUACAAGUCUCUGACAUGGGGAGGCUGUAUGGUAAAACAGUGACGUCAUGGUGCUAUGGUGGGUUGGGGCGAUGGCUGAUUGAACUGUAUUGUUAUUUACAUGUUUGAAAAACAGCCCACCACCUCUUAUGAUGGCAUGCGUAUACACUAACACAGACAUGCACAUAUACAGUACAUAGAAUAUAUCUGUACACAUACUGUACACAUGCACAUGAAUGCAUGUGUGUAGAUAACACAUGGGUCAGACCCACCACUGUGACCAACCGGUGGGGUUUGCAGGUCAAGUGAAUGUUGGCUGGCCCAAAAACAGUAUGAUUCAUCAUCAGCAAGGUACACUGAGAAAGCUGGUGAGAUUGUGAAAACGUAGCGCUCUGUCCUUUCUUUUAUUUUAGACGGUAUGUUCUACUUUUGUUGUUCUAAACAGCCUGUCUAUGGUAUUGUUGUUUGCAAUGUGACAAACAUUUGCUUUGUAUAUCUCGCUGUUUCAAGCUUCACACUAUUCCUCAAAGCAGCUUGUGUUUAGUUUUUUUCUUUUUUUGUUUUGUUUUUCUCAUUUCUGUGAAGUGACGCCUUUUUAUCAAAGCAAUAGACUUGCUGCAGUGUUUAAAUGACCCGGACCUCACACACACACCUCGCAAACUGUACAGACUCAAAUAAAUGCAAAGACAAUCAGAGGGAGAUGGAUGGAUGGUCAAGGGCGGGGAGGCACCCAGGCUCCAGCGGCCCCUAUGAGCAUGCAGGGCUGGGCUGAGCCACGCUGAGCCAGAGCCAUUUGGAAAAGUAACAUUGGCCACGUUUACAUGCACCCAGUGUUGUCUGCAGUCCUGUUAAGGUCUCUGUCUGGUCAAAUUGUGUGCAGGUGCGACGGUGAGCCUGACUGGUGCCAUUAAUAAACCUGUCAAUAGAGCAGCCCUGGUAGAAAAGACCCUGGAAUAAUCAUCAUCCCACCAGUUAGUGAGCGGUUUAUUUCUGCUGGAUUAGUGACUUGAUCUAAAUUGAUGUGUGGAAAAUGUGAAGUAAAUUAAGCCUUUUGUCACAUCUGGCUGGCUGAGCAAAUCUAAUAGACGUUAGGCUGACUUACCGACUGAUCCAGUGGUUCUUUACAAUCAAACUUCCCAGGAACUAAACUCAGGAACUAAAUGAGGACCUAGAAGUCUCUUUGGUGCUCUUGUGUUUGUGUUGCCAUUGCAUCUGAAGAACCAUGAAGAUCGCACAUUAGAGCCAGUUAGACCUCAAAAAAACAUCAGAGACUCAGUCUUUCAGUGUAGUGACAUGAUAACGCCAUCAUCUGUUGCUGUUGCUUGACUGUUUGGUCUCCACUGUUGUACAAAACCACCCUGAAACAAAAAUCUUUCUUCAGCAUGCACUGUCAAACCUCUUUUUGAAACUUUAAAGACUUUCAGUCUGGUCUCAGGACUUUGGCUGCAUAACUUAGUAUUAAAAUGAUCAUCAACAUCAAAACAUAUUUCUUUUGCUAAGCCCCACUAUGCUAGUAACAUCCAUUACUUGUUAUCAGGCUGACUGAAAGCUGUAAACGUGUUGUAGCAGUUGGAGAGCUGAAGCUGUGUUAGGGCGCCUGAAUGUCUAUGAGCGUUCGACCUUCUGGAGCCUCCUUGGGAGCCGUUUUUGGCAAAGAUAAAAGUACUCAGAGGAGAGAAAUACUGACUGGUGAGACUCAGAGAUCUGGAGUUAGAUCCAAUAGCUACUACUUGUGGUUUUGGUGUGCUUGGAGUUUACAUUAAAUUCAAAUCUACUGGAUUCUACACCCCAAAGGAAACAGUCUAAAAGACCCAGUUAGGAGUCUGUUCCUAUAAACCUCGAGUGUGCCUCGAGUUCAUGCAGUGGAAAAGCUCAUAUACAGAACUGAAUUCCACAAUUGUCCACUGGUUCAGAAGCAGGAACUAGAAGGGGUCAAACUAUGGCUGGUGCACUACAACUGGAGCACUGUUCCUACAUUCAAAAUGCAAGCACGACUCCUGAGUUCCUCUAAAUGUUUCUGUGUUCCUGCACAGGUAAAGAGCCACGUUCAAACACUUAAAAAUCAUUCUGAAUAACUUUAAAGCUGCAUGAAUUAGCUUUUGUUGUAUUGUGGGACAGAACCCCACAGCAGCAAGAUGGACCAUUUUAAUAUAUGUCUGUGAAGAUUCUCAGUCAUCCAGGUCAUGGUAAUCGCAGGAGAUCCAGCAAAAACCAACUGGACUUCUCUAGUAGACUUAUCACAUUUCAUCUUCAUCCUUGAAGAUGCUUCACCUCUAACAUCUUCAAGAACCUACAAGAGAAGUCCAGUUGAUUUUUACUGAAGCUCCUACAAUUAAUUUUAAUCUAAGUACUUUACAAUGAUGCUACAGCUAAUGUAAUUGCAGACAGUAUUAUAGUGCAUAUUUGCAUGUUCUGCAGACGCAGAGCAGCAUUAGUAUUACAGUUCCUGGAGGAAAUGCCCAACCGUUAAUCUGCUAGAUGUUCAGAUGUCCUCACUAACUGUUAUCUUUGCCUGUUUGAUGCUGGAUGCGGGUCAGAUAAAAUACAUUGAGUUUAUCAGAGCUUUUAGCUAAAGUUGCGAGAGACAAAGCACUACACACUAUAUGUAUGCAAAACUAAAGGAUAAAAUGAAAAAAAGACAAAAAAAAAAAACUUCCGUGGAUUUGUAGAAGUGAGUAAUAAUAUUCUAUCGUGACUUGUUGCAUGAAACACUUCAUAGUUGUCUGCUGUCACCAUCAAGGUUGCUUAUUGCUUUUGAUGUCCACAGUGCUUCUUCUUUUCUGGAACUUCACCUUAGCUUUUACGAAUCAAGUUUUGUUGCAUGUUGUGUUUCCCUGCCUUCAAUGGAACUGCGGUCAGAAAUUAGUGCUAUAAAGUCCUCUAUUUAACUUAAUUCGAUUUCGUUUUAUACAGUAACUCAUGACAAAUGUCAUCUCAGGGCACUUCACAUUAAGACACAUAAGGACCUUACGAGAGGAUUAUCGAUGUCUGAAACGCUCCCUUCCUGCUUAUAGGCGCUGAGUAUAACCUCACCCUGUGUUUAAAGAUCACCAUGGUUAGAGAAUAGUGUGUAACUGAAGGUCUAACGUGUUGCUUUUGGUUAGAUCUAAGUCAUGUUUGAAGCCAGCCCUGGAUCUCUCAUAGUCAAAGUAUGAGGUCAUGAGGUUGAAAAAAUAUUCAUGUGAACAUUUGCGCAAACAGUGAAAUUAAACUUUAACUUUUUGACCUUAAAUCCACUGGUUAGAAGUUAAGAGGAAGGUGUGACCUGUCUAUUUUAAACCAUCCUUGACUUUACAAAGCCAAUGCUGACGUAUUGGGACUUAUCUAUGUUAUGAAACUUACAUAUGAAAAAAAACCUCAGUCCACCUCCCUCAGCCCCCCGUCCUCAAAUUCGAGUGUGAAACUGCACUCAUUUUUAAAUGUAUCACAUUCAGAGUUUGUACGAGUUCACUGUUUGGUUGCUAAUCAUCUAAUCGUUUUUGGGGGGUUUUCAGUUUUGUCACAGUGGUUCAGACUUGUGCUGUAGAGACAUGACUGGAUGUUGUUCUUUCUUUUCAGACCCUCAUUCGACCUUCCUUUUAACUAACGCUACAUUAGCACUCACAGACUGCCCCCUUCCUGUCUUGCCCCUGCACUGCCUCAGCUCAGGCUCCAGGCUGAUCUACUGGAGGUAAUACAUCAACCAUGGUUAAGUAACUAAUCUUACUGUCCCUUUAUCAAUGCUAAUGAUAAAGUGGCAACAGUAUUUGAGUUAUUUAAAGAAAAAUCCUGGACUUCAUGUCCGCGAAUAGCUGUGCUCGUAAAGUUUAAAACAGUGGAUUUGCACAUAUUCUAUACAGAAUGUAGCCUUGAGUGCACGAGAAACCAUGAUGGUUACUUGCAGACAGCAGAAAAGAGCUGCUUUCCGUUUCCCGCUUGGCUGGUAAAGCCACAUAAGAGUUAUAAAGUAAAAACAAGACCAACACAGUACAAAUCUCAUAGAGGCAGCAUGCUCACGUUGCAGCCGCAAAUUUUUGGUCGCAGGCUUAUCGCCACAGAGUAAUGUGGACCCUCAUGGACGUUGGUGGAUGACAGGAAAUCAUGAUUGUCCUUCACUUUACAGGUGUCACAGAGUACAAAUGACACCGUCCUUAUAGUUAACGUCAGUUUAACAACUAUUUCUUUACAUAUAUGUUUAGCUACCAUAUGACCCCUGGAGAGCUCUGUACAAAGGCAAAGCCAGCCUCAACAGCACUGUUCUAUCCCCAUGAUGUGUCAGCUUGAUCUCAUGAGAAGCUGGUACUUAGAAAGAUCCAGUUUUCUUUUUGAUAUGUGCCAUUUAUUAUGAAUAAUAUUUCAUCGAAAGUAAUUAUUAACAGUGACAUAAUAGCUGCAAAAAUCUGAAAUUGUGGCCUUUAAAGUUAAAGUAACAAAUUAUUGCGUUUUCACACCUAACAGACAUAACGCUACCCGGGGAAUGCAAUUCUAAUACGAAAUCUGAUUCUAGCUUUAGUUUUAUCACCUGACAACUCCUGGAAUUCAACAAAACGGGCUCUUUUGCUGCUGUAAAAUUUCGCAGUUCAGCCGAAACAGUGAGCUAAAAGACACUGAAAUGUCCCGCAGUGUUAAAUUCAUGAUCAUUUUCCGUCAGUUUGUCAUGGCGAGUGACCACUAAUAGACAAUGACUUAACUCAACAUUCAUGGGGAAAUCAAUUGGCGCGGAUUUAAUUCACAUAUAAGACGUUUUUGAGCAAAUUACACUACUGUUCAAAAGUUUAUGGUCUCUUAGAAAUGUCCUUUGAAAUGAAAGAAAAGCAGUUUUUUUUUUCAAUAAAGAUAACAUUAAAUGAAUCACAAAUACAGCGUGGACAUUGUUAAGGUGGUAAAUGACUAUUCUAGCUGGAAAUCUUUAAAGGAUUAUCUACAUAGGGGUACAGAGGAACAUUUCCAUCAACCAUCACUCCUGUCUUCUAAUGCUACAUUGUGUUAGUUAAUGAUGUUGAAAGGCUAACUGAUGAUUAGAAAACCCUUGUACAGUUAUGUUAGCACAUGAAUGAAAGUGUGAGUUUUCAUGGAAAACAUGAAAUUUUCUGAAUGACCCCAAACGUUUGAAUGCUACUGUACAUAAAAAUAGAAAACUGAGCAUGACCCUUACUUAACUCUGUGUCGAAUGCGAUAUAAAUGGGUGCGUCUUGCAGGAUAUGUAGAAACUGUCACUCAACCAUAAUUACUUGAAUGAGCGUCUAUACCGAACUGUUGGUGCAUGUAAACAUAGUCAAUGCUGACUGUUGUUUCAGAAAAUGUUUACUGUUCCUUAAGUGGUGCCAGUAUGCUGUUAUCUCUCCCACGAGUUGUUACUCUUAAGGUUACUCAGUUAUAAACCAAUAACAAGAGUUGCACCAUAGAAAAGCUAUUUUACAGUACAAAGGAAAAGGAUGUAUAUUUUCAGACUGCAGAUUUUUUUACAGAUGUUAGCAUAAUAGGAACAUGAUAUUGUUUUGCAUAUUGUUAAAAAAUACAGUAUCUUGCUCUCAAAUCCAUUUCCACAUCUCUGCAAUGAAACUGAGCAAGACGUAAUGAAUCAUAAAAACACGUCAAUUAGUGCAGCAUUAGUUCUACGACUUAAAAAAAAAAAAAAAAGAAGAAUCUACUAUUACUGUAGCUGGACCUCACUGCUACACAUGAACACAUUUAGGGACAACUUCGUGUAACCAGCAUCAGAGAGAGAGUCAUCCACCGUCCACACAGAUUUCUCUCCUUGCGUGUUUGAGUGUCUUCUUGUUUGGCUCAUCUGUUCAACACAUACUGGAAAACCGAGAGAGAGAGCGAGAGAGAGAGAGAGGCAGUGAGGAAAGGUGUAUGUAGGUGUAGGAGUGAAUCUGUGGAGAACGUGAAAACCUUGUGCUCCAAACAUUUGCUGUUGCGUAUUUUGCUAGAAACCGUUUCUAGUAAUCCACUGUCCAGCAGUGGACGGUGUUCUGACGUGAGCGUGGAGAACUUCCAGAGCAAAUGAUCUUGAUGCUCGUGACUGACGAUGAUUGCAGCUAAUGUGAAUUGGCUCUUGUGAAUAAAGAUGGUUUUGAGAGAA